AUGGCUAGAAUACGCCGUUCGAACCACAGCAUCGAGCACCAAAGCACCAAGGGCCAUAGCACUGAAAGCGAAACAAUCAAAACCCUACGGCUCCAGCUACGCGAAGCCCGCAAGAGUGAUCUCGCCGACUUCCACGAAAUGCUCAGCAGCGGCGACGUAAUGCGAUACUGGGCUUGGCCCACCCAUACCUCCAUCGACGAGACAAAAUCGUACCUCAACGACAUGAUCGCAUCGACUACAAACGGAGAUAUGGAAUUUGCCAUCGUGCUCCCUGCUCCUAUGCCUGUCGACCGUUUUUCCACCGCUGUCAGUAAAGACAAAGUCAUAGGCACAGCAGGAAUCUGGGACGAAGCAACAGGUGAAAUUGAACUCAUGCUCCACCGCGAUUCUUGGGGCCAGGGUUACAUGAGCGAAGUAUUGACGACGCUCAUACCUAGAUUCUGGCAAAAGGGGUUGCAAAAAGUCAUUGCGGAUGUGGAUCCGAGAAACAAGGGUAGUAUUAAAUUGCUGAAUAGGUUUGGCUUCGUGGAAACGCGUAGGGAGAAGAAUACUUUCGAGACUGAUAUUGGGUGGUGCGAUAGUGUUUUUCUGGAGUUGUGGAGACCCGAGAGAGGUGUUUGA